ACUAUCCGGCAGCAAGUGCAUUGUGAAUUCUGCGGUUAUUUCAAAUUCUGCCCGCAGUCUAUUAAAAUAUUAAACGCAAUAAUUUCACGUUUUGGUAAGCUUGCCACUGUCUCCUUGUAUAACAUGUUCGAGUGUAAGCUUUUCUAAAAGUACGCAGUUUUUUCGACAUUUGCGAACUCGCGUUUACUUUUACAGUGACUGGUUUUGUUUCGCGAUAUUAAUGCGGUUUCUUUUGAUAUACGAAACUUUGUGACAAAUGGAGCAAAACCCCCAUUACAAAACCAAGAUCAUGGACAGAUAAUAAUGCCAAAUAGUUCAAACAAUCUAGAAGAAUGUGUUGCAAAUUUGGCUCCUUAACGCUGCUGCUUUCCUGUUUGGCCCUUCUACAAAAACCGCCGUUAACCUGGUCAUUGGACUGCGAAAAAAUCUUCACUUACUACGAAGAAUACGGCCAGAAUUCGUUCAACGUUACCUGCAAUGGAAUCACCAAAGGCUACGAGCAUAUUCUCGAAAACAUCACCAUCAACAACGAAAUUUCCUUAACCGUGAGCAAUUCGGUGCUAGAUGGAAUUAGCUCGAAUAUUUUCAAAAACGUGCGCAAUAUUAAGAUUUUGAACCUCUUCAACUCCACUGUGGUGUUUGAUGGAAAAUUGGCAAUUUUCGAGAAGCUCGAGAAGCUGGAGACGCUGAUAAUCCAAGAUGUGCCCUUCCAAAUCGGAAAUAACACCCUUCAAGGGCUGGACAAGUUGAAGCGACUGGAGCUGAGCAACAAUGGAAUUAGCGCAAUCAACCAAGACGGUCUCAAACACCUAACCAACCUAGAACGCCUGUCCUUAACGGACAACCACGUGAAAACGAUUGCGGAUCUUCAACUGUGCGACCUCAGGAAGUUGAAAUACCUCAACCUGAGGCGAAACUUGCUGAAAAGCCUGACAACCUUUUACUUCUUCUGCUCCAAACAUGCCAAACCACUAGAAACCAAUGCAAACAGCGUGAAUAUUCAACCAAAUAAACCCCCCUUAUCGUACAUCAGUAUUAGAUCUACGUCUUAUGACUUAGUAGAGUUAGAUUUAAGCUUCAACCAAAUAGUAGACUUAGCGAAUUCCCUAGAAAAUCUUCAGAAACUCAGAGUAUUAAACGUGGGCUUCAACAACAUGGUUAGCGUAAGCAGUCUGAGCUUGAAGCAGCUUUACAUGCUUCAGAAAUUGAACUUCACGCAUAACCAGCUGAGGGCUUUUGAUGCCAAAACACUUUCCGGCCAGAAGCAAUUGAGUGAAGUGGAUUUAUCCCAUAACAAUUUGGAGGCAUUUGAGAUUUCCGGCCUCUCUCAACUGCAGUACUUGGAUUUGAAGCACAACAAGAUAACAGCGGUUUCAAUUGGAAAUUUAUCCGGAUUAACCACUCUAAACUUGGCCGGCAACCAACUGGAAACCCUCACCAACGAAUCGCUCCAUGAUGUUCCUAAACUCGCUUUCCUGGACUUGGCUGGCAAUCACUUGAACUUGCGCCAAAACAGAGCGAUAUUUACAAAUCUCUCCACACUGAGUUAUCUGUAUUUGAACAACAAUUCUAUCACUGAACUAUCAGUAGCAACUCUCCAAGGGCUGAAAAGGCUUAGAGCUCUGGAUCUAUCAGCGAACCGGCUCAGCCACCUACAACUCGACACUUUCGCCGAUCUGGUGGACUUGGAAACUUUGAAUUUAUCGAAAAACUCCAUCGAGUCUCUUUCAUACCCAGUGAUGAAGCCCUUGGAGAACCUGCGGACUCUGGAUGUGGGCUCCAACAAACUACUGCACAUCGAAUACGAUGUGAUUCUAUCAAACUUACCAAGACUCAGCAACAUAAACAUCAAGUCCAACCAGCUGACCUGCGAAGACUUGGGGAAGAUUAUCAAUUUUUUGAAGCAAAAGCACAUCGUCUACACGAGCAGCGAACAUUUGGAGAAUCUCAACCAAAACGUGGCUGGCAUCCCGUGCAAGCCCGAAGCGAAAAACCUGCCGAUUGCAGCGGAAGCGAAGCCCAGAGGAAACAGCGUUUUGUAUAGUUUUGGAGUUUUCCUAGUGGUUAGUUUUAGUGCUGUGCUAACAGGCAUAGCGACCUACAGGUUUUAUAUUUACUUGAAAAGAAGACGGUAUAGGGCCGAUGAGUUUGAAUUAGUGCUCGAAUAAAGCAAUUUCUUGUUAAUAAAUAUGUACCUACGUUUAAAAAAC